UAACUUGUUGUGCGGAGCUAGCGAGCGGCGGCGGCGGCGGCGGCGGCACCAUCCAGGCGGGCACCAUGGGCACGUCCGCGCGCUGGGCGCUCUGGCUGCUGCUCGCGCUGUGCUGGGCGCCCCGGGAAAGCCGCGCCACCGGAGCGGGAAGAAAAGCCAAAUGUGAACCCUCCCAAUUCCAGUGCACAAACGGCCGCUGUAUUACGUUGCUGUGGAAAUGCGACGGGGACGAAGACUGCGCUGACGGCAGUGAUGAAAAGAACUGUGUGAAGAAGACGUGUGCCGAGUCAGACUUUGUGUGCAACAAUGGCCAGUGCGUCCCCAGCCGGUGGCAGUGUGACGGGGAUCCCGACUGCGAAGACGGCUCUGAUGAAAACCCAGAACAGUGCCAUAUGAGAACAUGCCGCAUAAACGAAAUCAGCUGUGGCGCCCGGUCCACUCAGUGUAUCCCCGUGUCCUGGAGGUGUGAUGGUGAAAAUGAUUGUGACAGUGGCGAAGAUGAAGAGAACUGUGGGAACAUUACGUGCAGCCCCGACGAGUUCACCUGCUCCAGCGGCCGCUGCAUCUCCAGGAAUUUCGUCUGCAACGGCCAGGACGACUGCAGCGACGGCAGCGACGAGCUGGCGUGCGCGCCCGCCACGUGCGGCGCGCACGAGUUCCAGUGCGGCACCUCCUCCUGCAUCCCCCUCAGCUGGGUGUGCGACGACGACGCCGACUGCUCCGACCAGUCCGACGAGUCGCUGGAGCAGUGCGGCCGCCAGCCCGUGAUGCACGCCAAGUGCCCGGCCAGCGAGACCCAGUGCGGCUCCGGCGAGUGCAUCCACAAGAAGUGGCGCUGCGAUGGGGACCCCGACUGCAAAGACGGCAGUGACGAGGUCAACUGUCCUUCGCGCACCUGCCGCCCUGACCAGUUCGAGUGCGAGGACGGGAGCUGCAUCCACGGCAGCAGGCAGUGCAAUGGCAUCCGGGACUGCGUGGACGGCUCUGACGAGGUCAACUGCAAAAACGUCAAUCAGUGCUUGGGCCCUGGCAAGUUCAAGUGCAGAAGUGGGGAGUGCAUAGAUAUCGGUAAAGUAUGUAACCAGGAGCAGGACUGCAGGGACUGGAGUGACGAGCCCCUGAAAGAAUGUCAUGUAAAUGAAUGCUUGGUUAAUAAUGGCGGCUGUUCUCACAUCUGCAAAGACCUCGUGAUAGGCUACGAAUGUGACUGCGCAGCUGGGUUUGAACUGAUAGAUAAGAAAAUCUGCGGAGAUAUUGAUGAAUGCCAAAACCCGGGAAUCUGCAGCCAAAUUUGUAUCAACUUAAAAGGCGGUUACAAGUGUGAAUGUAGUCGGGGCUAUCAGAUGGAUCUUGCCACUGGCGUGUGCAAGGCAGUAGGCAAAGAGCCAAGUCUGAUCUUCACAAAUCGAAGAGACAUCCGGAAGAUUGGCUUGGAGAGGAAGGAAUAUAUCCAACUAGUGGAACAGCUAAGAAACACUGUAGCCCUUGAUGCGGACAUUGCUGCUCAGAAACUGUUCUGGGCUGAUCUAAGUCAGAAGGCCAUCUUCAGUGCCUCAAUUGAUGACAAGGUUGGUAGACAUAUUAAAAUGAUCGACAAUGUCUAUAAUCCUGCAGCCAUCGCUGUUGAUUGGGUGUACAAAACCAUCUACUGGACUGAUGUGGCUUCUAAGACUAUUUCAGUAGCUACCCUGGAUGGAACCAAGAGGAAGUUCCUGUUUAACUCGGACUUGCGGGAGCCCGCCUCCCUCGCUCUGGACCCACUGUCUGGCUUUGUGUACUGGUCAGACUGGGGAGAACCAGCUAAAAUAGAAAAAGCAGGAAUGAAUGGAUUUGAUAGGCGGCCCCUGGUGACAGUGGACAUCCAGUGGCCUAAUGGAAUUACACUCGACCUUAUAAAGAGUCGUCUCUACUGGCUUGACUCCAAGUUGCACAUGUUGUCCAGUGUGGACUUGAAUGGCCAAGAUCGCAGGAUUGUCCUCAAGUCUCUGGAGUUCCUAGCUCACCCUCUUGCGCUGACAAUAUUUGAGGAUCGUGUCUACUGGAUAGAUGGAGAAAAUGAAGCCGUCUACGGUGCCAAUAAAUUCACUGGGUCAGAGCUGGCCACUCUGGUCAACAACCUUAAUGAUGCCCAAGACAUCAUUGUGUAUCACGAACUCGUGCAGCCAUCAGGUAAAAACUGGUGUGAAGAAGACAUGCCCAAUGGAGGCUGUGAAUACCUGUGCCUGCCGGCCCCACAGAUUAACGAUCACUCUCCAAAGUACACCUGUUCCUGUCCCAAUGGGUACAGGCUAGACGAGAACGGCCGGGAGUGCCACAGUUCUGCAACUCCUGUGACUUACAGUGAGACAAAAGGUAUCCACACAACAGAAAUUUCACCAACUACUGGACUAGUUCCUGGAGGGAUCAAUGUGACCACAGCCGUAUCUGAGGCCACUGUCCCCCCGAGAGGCACGUCUGCUGCCUGGGCCAUCCUUCCUCUCUUGCUCUUGGCAAUGGCGGCAGUAGGUGGCUACUUGAUGUGGCGAAACUGGCAGCACAAGAACAUGAAAAGCAUGAACUUUGACAAUCCUGUGUACUUGAAGACUACUGAAGAGGACCUGUCAAUAGACAUUGGGAGACACAGUGCUUCUGUUGGACACACGUACCCAGCAAUAUCAGUUGUAAGCACAGACGAUGACCUAGCUUGACUUCAGAGACGAGUCUUGACCUCUGAGGUCUAAAACCAAUAACCCUCCACUUCGAAAUGGUAACCAAGCCAGCACCUGAAGUCUUUCUUCCUCCAUUCUGGAAGAACAUCAAGAUGUCUUUACGUGGAUCAAGCUUGUAUACUUGACCAUUUUUAUAUUACUUUUGUAAAUAUUCCUGUCCACAUUCUACUUCAGCUUUGGAUAUGGUUACCAAGUAUCUAACCUUGAGUUUCUAGACAGUAUUGCCACAUCUGGCCAAAUAUGCACUUUCCCUAGAAAGCCAUAGUCCAGCAAUGACCCUUGUGCUAUAAGUGUACACCAUCUGUACAGACAUUGUAUAGGCCAUCUGUAAAUAUCCCAGAGAACAAUCACUAUUCUUAAGCACUUUGAAAAUAUUUCUAUGUAAAUUAUUGUAAACUUUUUCAAUGGUUGGGACAAUGGCAAUAGGAUAAAACGGGUUACUAAGAUGAAAUUGCCAAAAAAUUUGUAAACUAAUUUUGUACGUAUGAAUGAAAUCUUUGACCUCCGUGGAGGUUAGUAAAGACUGAGUGUUCAAACUACUGUACAUUUCUUUUUCACGUGCUAAAACAAUUAAACCAAGCAGCUUA